ACGACAAUACGCAGUAAAUAUCUGCCUGCACAAUUCCUACGGCCGUUACUGAGGAUCGCAAUUAUUUACUGAAGGCUCCACUGCGGUAUUCUUCCACAAUGCUGGCCGCCGGAUCUGCUGGGCGGGUCGCAUCUGGCGCCGUGUUUACAAAAGCACCGAUUCCCUCGUUCAGAUGGAAUAAUCUUGUGCGAUACAGCCAUAAACGCCUAUCGCUUGCAAAUUAUUCUACAGCAGGCACCCAAUUCCCCAAACCCCGGUCGAGAUUGCGCCGUUUCGUCGGAUUCACCACACUCGUAAUAUUCGCGUUUACCACAGGAGCUCUUAUUGAGCCUGCCCGCACAUUAUUAAAAAUGGCGACUGUCGGUAUACCUUCAGAUGAAGAGACUCUCACACUUUUCCAACCCUCGGACGAGUUAUCCCAACAGAUCGAGACACAUAUUCAGACACACCCACUAGCUCUGAAAUACCGCAAUGCAGAGGGCUAUACUGAAUCACGACCGCAUAUGAAAUUCCCGACAGAGGUUCGCGGACGUCAUCUUAUUACAGGCGCUCUACUUGGGCCGAACCGAAUAGUCGUCCCUCCGCUGGUUUUCCAGCAGGAAUCUGGGAAGGAAUUGAUUGCCAUCACUUACUUGGGACAAGAAGUAUGCGGACACCCGGGCAUUGUACACGGUGGCUUGUUAGCGACCAUGUUGGAUGAGGGAUUAGCGCGGUGCUGCUUCCCUGUCCUGCCAAAUCAUAUUGGAGUCACUGCGAAUCUCAGCAUUGACUACAAGAAACCCGUGACUGCCGAUACUUAUGUUGUGUUGAGGGCUGCGACGGUAAAACAUGAAGGUCGCAAGGCAUGGGUUGAGGGACGGCUAGAGACUUUGCCGGAUGGCGAUGAGGAGCCGGUUGUUCUUGUGGAGGCGAAGGGGUUAUUCAUUGAACCUAAAUACGCAGCUAGGCUGCCUAGUCUCUACAGAGCAGCGUCAUGAAAUGAGGUAGAUUCAGCGUGGCGUUGAGGAUAUUAUAGAUAAGUUAUGGUUCUUGGGAUAUGCAUAUUACCUCUCUCUCUCUCUUUUUUUUUGGGAUAG